AUGGACCAAGGAAAUAACUCAAGAGUUACUGAAUUUGUAUUGCAUAGUCUUUCAGGUCCCCGAGAGCUCCAACUUUUCUAUUUUGCAUUUUUUACACUUUUCUAUUUAUGCAUUCUGCUGUGGAACCUCCUCAUUGUGCUCACAAUCAUCUUUGAACCUGCGCUACACACACCCAUGUACUUCCUGCUCAGUAACCUCUCCUUCAUUGACUUGUGUCUGUCCACUUUUGCCACCCCCAAAAUGAUUGCUGACUUCCUUGUGGAGCACAAGAUCAUCUCUUUUGAGGGCUGUAUGGCCCAGAUAUUCUAUCAGCAUGUCUUUGGUGGUGCAGAAAUGAUGCUUCUGGUGGCCAUGGCAUAUGAUAGAUAUGUAGCCAUAUGUCGACCCCUGCACUAUGCAGCCAUCAUGAGCUUAUGCAAGUGCACAGGCCUCGUGCUGGGCUCCUGGACCAUUGGGGUUCUGCACUCAUUGAGUCAACUGUUUUUCAUAGUAAACCUUCCAUUCUGUGGCCCCAAUAAAGUGGACAGCUUUUUCUGUGAUCUUCCCCUGGUUAUCAAACUUGCCUGCACUGAUACCUAUCUACUCCAGAUUCUGAUGCUUUCAUACAGUGAUUUAAUGGCCGUGAGCUCCUUUGCGCUCUUGCUGAUCUCCUACUCUGUCAUCCUGGUCACUGUGCGACGUCGUUCCUCAAUAGGCAUGGCCAAGGCACGGGCCACCCUGACUGCCCACGUCACUGUGGUGACCCUCUUCUUCGGGCCCUGCAUUUUCAUCUAUGCCUGGCCUUUUGGCAACUUCCCAGCAGAUAAGGUGCUCUCAAUAUUCUAUACUGUUUUCACCCCUCUCUUAAACCCCUUGAUCUAUGCUUUAAGAAAUAAGAAAGUAAUAACAGCAAUGCAAAAACUGAGGCGUCGACAAGUCAGUAGUUCUUGA